ACAAACCACCAUAAUAAUUAUAGCAAGGGCACGUUGGACUAAUAGUGAGUUUCAUGCCCUCUUCUCUUAUACGCCCUUGACCAUAGUUAUUCCAUAUCUAUCUAUGGUUAUUCAAACAAGAAAAAGGAAAGACGAGGCUGCUACAGUAGCUAAUAAGCGAUUAGAUUUUAGAGAAUGGAAGUCUAAUCCAGAUCUCGCAUAGAGGAUGGAAAAUUUCAAGAGUGUUGGUGAUCUUGUACGACAUCUGAGGCUCAAGGAAGAGUUUCUUGCUACUGAGGUUACGAAGGACGACAUGCUGUCAUUAUCAAGAAUUUUGGAUGAUUGGAGAACAUUUGGCAGAACUGCUGGCCUUAGUGAGGCAGAUAUUGUUGCGAUACAAAAUGAUGGUGUCAGUGAGGCAGAUCGACGAUUCAAAACAUUUGAAGCAUGGCAUAACAGCUGUGUGUUUUUUGCACACUACCAUAAACUGUUCGAAAUUCUAUUUAAAAUGACGAGGUUUGACAUUAUUUUGAAAGUGUGUAACCUACCAAGAGAUGUUUCAAUUUAUCUGGAGGAGGAGGAAGUGAGCUUACCGGUUACAAUUGAGUUGCUAAAACAACAGUAUAAUCUAUCGGAGGAUCAGUUUCACCAGCAGAUACCAGAUUAUCUGUUAUUUGACAUAGCUGUGUGCAUCCCUAAGUGGCUUAAAUUUGCUGACAUGCUUGGACUAAAUAACAAGGACAAGCUACACAUUCGCAGGGAUAAUAAGCUGUGUACAAAUUUUAUGCGCUCACAACGAGCUCUUGAGAUAUGGUACUGGAGAGACCCUCACAAAGCUACGUUUGGAGAGAUUCUCAGUAGUUUUUUGCUCUGCCAAGAUGUUGAAGUUGCUGUCAAGAUUAUUGAGGAAGUUUUGCUUGUAAAUCAGGAAGAACUAAUAGUGUGUGGUGGUGCACAGACCGAAAAGAAGAAAAUGCGUAUGGUUGAACACAUUAGUUCCAUUAGUCGGAGAGUUCCAAAGCUAACACGUCAAGUCGAUAAAUUUGAUGAUGAAACUUUAGCUUUAAAUUCUCUCAAAUUAAUGAAAAUGGAGUUUGGCAUUGUAUAUUCGUGCCUUAGAAGAGCUAUGCAACAACGUAAUGUUCUAGCAUCUGAUUUAUUGAGCCACCUUAUAGACAUUGAAAUGUUUGGUCCAGAAAUGAGACCACAUUAUACAAAUACCAAAGAUAUAACUCUUGGUACCGCAUUGUCCCUUGCUGAUGAUUUGCCAACCUUAGAUAGUCUUUUCCAUCUAAUGGCUCCAUACUGCUCUUGGUUUAAUCAUCUCCUGGUUGAAAAUAUCAUAAAAGUGUAUUUCAUAGAUAGUGAUGAACAUUACAUACAUAGGAUACUCUCUGUAUUUAAAUCAAAAUUUCAAGACUACUGUAAAAACCGUCGUGUUGACGUUGAUCAAGAUUUUGGUCCUGUUGACAAAAGUAGGUGUACCUAUGUCUGCUUUAAGAUUGAUCGUGAAUGGAAUAACAUGCGUGUUGAACACCUGCCCCACAUCAUUGAGAGUUUAGCCAAAGCACUUGAUGUCAGAAAACAGAAUCUUAUUUUGUGCACCGUCCAAGAUGGCUGUCUUGAGAUAGUUAUAGCCAUGCCUGUGCAUUUCGAAAAGAAACUUUUUCCUCUUCAGGCAAAAGUUCACAAUGCUUUGAAAGACGUGGGAGUGCUGAUGUGUAACCCUCAUAAAAAACUUUAUGUAAACGAGACGGCUCUUAUGGAUUUCAAUGAAAGUAAUGUAAAUGAGACGGCUCUUGUGGAUUUCAAUAAAAGGAAUCAGAUUCUGAUGAGACUGAGAAGAAUAGGGGAUAACUACAGUAAUCAAAUUCGGCAUGAAAUUCAGCAUCAAAUCAGCCACGACCUCAUGGGUCCCUACGCAUUACGGCUUCCAACUACAUGUUAUCAAUGGCAGUUAUUUUCCUUAAGAUAUGGUGCAUAUGCUGCGAAUAUUGUUUGCUUUGCAAUUCCAUACCUGCUUCGACUAAACUAUAGAUACACUGCUGUAUUUAGAUGUGCUGGUGCUGUUGUUGCUUUAGCAUUAGAGUAUAGAUCUGCUUGCUCGACAAUGAGCACAUCUGGUCGAGUUGAUAAUCUUGAGGUAUUGAAUCCCAAAGUUGUACGAGUUGUAAGAAUGGUUGAAGUAAGCAGCAAUGUUGGAAUAUUGGUUGGAUAUGCAAUGAUUUACGGAUUUUUACCAAGAACAUUGGUCGGAAAUGCAACGACAAACGUACUUAGUAGGCGUAUACUCCUGACAAUACCAAGCCAAAAUAUAUUUGGCCGAUAUGCAAUGACAAUACCAAGCAGAAAUAUUAAUGUAAUAUUGGGCCGAUAUGCAAUGACAUACGCAUUUAGUAGGCGUAUACCAAUGACUGUUGUUCUUUUACUUACUAGUGGAUCUUUGUUUGGAAUGGGUGCUAGAUUUUGGGCCCAUCUUGUUUUUUGGUAUAGAUUAAUUUCUUUGUUUCGAAAUGAUAUAAUGGGUGCUAGAUUUUGGGUCCAUCUUGUUUUUUGGUAUAGAGUAAUUUCUCUUUUAGUUUAAUUUUUCUGUCGUUCACCUUGUAUUUGUAAACUUUUUAGAGUGAUUAUUAGUGUGCACAAAAAAUAUAUAGACUGAUAAAAAAUAAUUUUUAUAUAGAUCUAUCGAAUAUUAGAUCAUGUUUGCCAUAAAUUGCUAAAGGAAGUGUUCUAUCCAACUUAGAAAAUCAUGUACUUACUUAGCCUUGAUCCCAGGCCGAGUUUCUAGUUGUUCGCCUAACCGUUAUAAAAGCGAAAACUCGGCCUGGGAUCGAGGCUAGUACUUCACUUAGAAAAUCAUGUAGCAAAGAUUCGAUAAGAACAUUCAAAUCUGAUUGGCUAAAUACUCAUGGUUGCUAUGAUCUAAAAUGCUUAGACACUGUUUAGGAAGUUUCCACAUGAUUUAGAAGCCCUCAGGGCUAGUAGAACCCUCACUGCGUUCGGGAUACUACAACCAGCCCUUUGGGCUUCUAAAUCAUGUAGACAGUGUCUAACUAUUAUUUAUACCACACUUACGUCACCACUAAUUGAUCUCAUUGGUCAACAGCUGUAAGAUAUACUGAUAAACAUCCCCAGAUUCUUAUUUGGGGGUUUUCCUAUUGUAUUUAAUCGUUGUGAUUACAUUUUUGCGUGCUACACAUGUAGAUUGGCUGUUUAGCUAUAUAGUGGAGAAUUUUAUGGACUCAGUUUUAAUGAAAGCACCGCGGGUGCUGAUGCCUCGGUGGAGGUGCCAAAGCUACAUAACAUAAAGCUACUAAUAGCUAUAGCUUUUAUACACACAUUGAUUAUAAAUUUUGCUGCAUGCAGAAUCCAGAAUUACAGGGAAACUGAAAGAUUAGGUAAUGAUCGACCAUGAUUGUUGUUAAAAACGAUUGAUGCCAAAAGUUCAAGUCUAAAAUUAAUGGCUGCAAGUCAGCAGAGCCUUGCAGCUCUCUUCUCACUCUUGCAGCUACCAAUAGCUAGCGUUCUAGUGCAGAGCUAACUACUAAGUAGAGUAGCAACACUCGGUGAACAAAUUUUGCUACGAACUCUUCUGAAAAGGCUGCAAUGGCAUUCCAAGUAAGCAAAAUUAGGCAUAACUCGAGAACGAAGCUUUAUUUUGCAAAUCUACAAAUACCAAGCCAAGAAAACAUGACUAGAAGCCUAUAGAAACUCUUACUUGCACUUCCUUGAGCAGCUGAAACAGUCUACAGACACACAAACACACUACCAUAUACCGAACUAUAGCGGGUAUAUUUCGAGGGUAUAAAGUUUCGCGGAUUUAAUUUUUCGUGGAAUAGCGCCUUUAAAUUUUUUGCAGCAUGCAUGUAUGAAAUAUUAAAUUCACGGUUCAUGCCUAAUCCGCGAAAACCACAAACAUUUAUACCCUCGAAAUAAUUAUACCCUCUAUACGAUACCUCGCUUGCGCAUGCGCACCGAGGCAUAAUGAUUGGGUAUGGUUCUAUAUUUCGUAUAGCGGGUAUAUUUUGAGGGUAUAAAUUUUCGUGGAAUGGCGCCUUUUUUGCAGCAUACAUGCAUGAAAUAUUAAAUUCGCGAUUAUAAAUGUUUGCGGUUCAUGCCUAAUCUGCGAAAACCACAAACAUUUUAUACCCUCGAAAUAUACCCUCUAUACGGUAGUACUAGACCAGCUCACCCAUGCAUUUGUCUGUUCAUUUUGUAUGGUCUUUAUGUUCCCUGCAUGCAGUUAAUCAGGAAGAACAAUAGUGUGUGCAUGGUGGUGCUUAGACCGAAAAGAAGAAAAUUCGUAUGGUUGAACACAUUAGUUCCAUUGAUCAGAGAGUUCCAAAACCAACACGUCAAGUUCUUAAACUUGAUGAUGAAACUUUAGCUUUAAAUUCUCUCAAGUUAAUGAAAAUGGAGUUUGGCAUUGUAUAUUAUUCGUGCCUUAGAAGAGCUGUGCAACAACGCAAUGUUCUAGCAUGAGCCAUCUUAAGCCCCGUUUACACGAGGCCUUAGAUAGUCUUUUCCAUCUAAUGGUUCCAUCUUGGUUUAAUCAUCUCCUGGUUGAAAAUAUCAUAGAAGUGUAUUUCAUGGAUAAUGAUGAACAUAACAUACAUCGGAUACUCUCUGUAUUCAAAUCAAAGUUUCAAGACUGUAAAAACCGUCGUGUUGACGUUGAUCAGGAUUUUGGUCCUGUUGACAAAAGUAGGUGUACCUAUGUCUGCUUUAAGAUUGAUCGUGAAUGGGAUAACAUACGUGUCGAACACCUGCCUCACAUCAUUAAGAGUUUAGCCGAAGCACUUGAUGCCAGAAAAGAGAAUCUUAUCUUAUGUAUACUGUUCAGGAUGGCUGUCUUGAGAUAGAUAUAGCCAUGCCUAUGCAUUUCGAAAAGAAACUUUUCCUCUUCAGGCAAAAGUUCACAAUGCUUUGAAAGAAUUGGGAGUGCUGAUGUCUAAGCCUCACAAACUUACUGUAAACGAGACGGCUAAACUCAUUGCAAGUAGAUUGGCUUGUAUACAGUGCAACAACCAAAGAGAGUAGAACUUUUGUUUUUGUGUAUAUCUUCUAAACUACAUGUGAUUGGAUCAAUUUGAGUGCAGGUACUAAAAGUUCGACUAUUGGCGCUGCUUCCAGUGGACCACCACCUGUUACAUCAUAUGACAUCAUCAUUCCAAAAUGGCAGCUAGAAUAUGUGUACAUUGGAAAAUAUUAUGUUAGGCAUGGAACUAUCUUAUAUGUUUGAGUUAAGAUCUGAAAUUUGUUGUGCAAGUACUUCAUUACCUUGCACAUCUUUUGAGCUCCAGCGGAAGGCAGGCUGUUAGUAGGUUCUGAGAUACACAGAAUUUUUAGUAGCAAAUGUGUUAUAUUGAUUUUUGAGUUUGUCUAGUUAAGGUCUGAUUUUUGAGGAGCAUGUACUACACUUUUCAUUUGUACUAACUUACAGGAGCUAGACCAGUCUCUUUUUUGCUAGAGCGGCCCUUCUUGUCAAAAAUGGUGAUUUUGCUCCAGCUGAUAGUUUGUGUAAAUGUGCAUGAUGGUAUGUUUGGAAAAAGUGCUGUGUAUGUGCAUAUCGUAAGUGCAUGCAUGCAUGCUAUAACAAUACUGAAGUCUUUGACUACCUCAUCAAUAAGAAUCUUCGAAUUGUGCAUUCACAGAAACACAUUUCUGCACACAACAGCAUUUUAAAGCCACUCGAAUUUUAAAGCCACUCGAACAUAAUUGCAGAGAUCCACAAAAUUAGGUUGGAACAACAGUAUUUCACUUAGCGUGUGCCAAUGGAAACACAUACAAGCCUCCAAUAAUAUUCAUCUGAUGGAGUAUUGGGCAUUGGUCGUUGCACACCCCCUUCAUAUAAUUAUAUAUAAUACGGCUGCUUUAUAAAAGACAUCUGCACAAUCGAGUGCAUAAACAAUGUGAUCCUGCAUGAUCAUAUCUUCAGUUUCAAUGGUGACAGUAGUAUACCAAUUAUGUUAUUUCGUGGCUUCAAGGUUUCAUUGAGAAUCAAUUACUGUACCCGAAAAUAUUAAUUUUAUGAUACUACUGAAAAGUGAUACAUAAGUGCCUUGAGAUAUAUAGAGUAUAUCUCAGCCAAUACCACAGACACACAGCUGCAUUUAAUUAUUGUUAUGAGUAUAUAGAUCUGCUUGCACUGCAUCUGGUCGAGUUGUAAGUGAAUGGGAAUAGUUGAAGUAAGCUAGCAGCAAUCUUGAAAUUAAUAUUGGUCGGAUGUGCAAGUGUACCAAUUAAUGCCAGUUCUUUUACUUUAGAUGAUCUUUGCUUGCAUCUUUUUUGGGGGCAUAGAAUAGUUUUCGUAUCAGUUUAUAUAUAUGCCGUCGUUCACUUUGUAUGAAUUCAUUUUUUUCCAGUAACAACAUUUUUAAUGUGGCUGUGCAUGCAUGUUAAAUUCAUGCCAUAUAUAAACUUUCUAUAGAUC